AUGGAGGAAGAUCGUAUGGGGAUGCGGAUUCAAUCAGAAACAAUCGAAAUCACAAAAGAUGACAAGGGACUGGUCGGCAUUUCAAUAGGAGGUGGUCAUCCAUAUUGUCCAUGCGUAUAUGUGGUUCAGAUCUUUGACAAGUCUCCAGCUGAUGCUGAUGGCAGGAUACGCGCUGGGGACGAGGUGGUGGCAGUGAAUGGGAUUACUGUAAAAGGUGAGCGAAAGUCGGCCGUCGCGCAACUGAUCCAGUGCAGCACUAAUCCUGUCAAGAUAACCAUCAAUAAGUUGGAAACGGACUCAUCGAAGGGGAAGACGCUGGACAUUAUGAUGAAGAAAAUCAAACACAAGAUCGUCGAGUUCAUGGACACCGAUUCAGCUGAUGCACUCGGCCUCUCUAGGGCGAUUCUGUGUAAUGACCCUUUAUUGAGGAAAAUGAAGGUGCUCGAGGACAACACGCAACUUUAUCGAAAUCUGAUUGGUUACUUCAGUGAUCUUUUCUAUUUUCAAGAGAAAAUUAGUCAUUGCCAAAAAGAUUUUGGCGACAUCUUCUGCGAGUUAGCCGCUCACGAAUCGCAUGCGAACGCUAAUGAGGCAUUCACAGUGUUUGGAGAAGCCCACCGUCAACUUAGUAAGAAACAGAGCGACUCGCUGAAGAAUUUGCGACCACUUAUUGCUGAUCUCGUCACAUACGUCGACAAAGUCAUUCCAGAUACUCAACUUACUUUGAAAAAAUAUCUCGAUGUUAAAUACGAGUACUUGUCUUACUGCUUGAAACUGAAAGAAAUGGACGAUGAGGAACUUGAGUAUCACUCUCUAAACGAAGGCCUUUAUCGAGUGGAGACAGGCAAUUACGAGUACCGUUUGAUGCUCCGUUGUCGCCAGGAAACAAGGCAAAAAUUCAUACAGAUGCGAAACGAUGUUAUGAUAAAAAUCGAGUUGUUGGAUCAGAAACACGUGAGAGAUAUCGCUCAACAUCUG